CGUGUUAGCUAGCUAUAUCGCCCGAUAGUAAAUAACCCAAUUCGAAUUGCUAGCUAGGUAUAUCGGGUAGUAUAUUGAGUUAGCUAGCUAGAUCGCCCGAUAGUCGAUAUUUUUUUUCUCCUUGGGUUGAAAAACCGCGAACGCUAAAGGAUUCAAUCUUUAAUUUUUAGCGAUAGUUACUCUGAACAUUUCCAGUCUUGCAUCCAGUGAAUUGUGUUUUGCGCUUUACCCCAAGAUGAGCAAUCGGAGGACACAGCGGUGAAUUGCGUGGCAAUGGAUUGCGACUUCUACUUUGCUGCAAAGUAUCACACAGAAUAGUGUCGACAAGGAAGCAUCAAGGAUAAUUGCUUUAGAUGUUUUUCCUAUGUCAGUUGUUCUUCUGAGAUAAAAGGUAGAAGAACUUCGAAUUCAAGUAUUUUUCAACAUCUUUUUGUUGAAACAAGGCAUACAGAGCAAACAACUGCACCGACAUCGAUUUUCCGAUGCUUUCUUUGCAUAGAGGAGUUUUCCGAAAAACUGGAUUUUUAACUAGUUUGGGGAACCGAAAAUCUCUGGUGAGGAACGUUAUUUUUUUAUCAAUAAUAUAUGCUUUACAAUUGUCUUCUGGCGCUCUAUCCGACAAUACGAUUCUGAAUUCUCUCACAUGAAAACCGGUAACAGAGUUCGAGGCUCUUUGAAGGGUAAUUUCACGUUUUCCCCAACUUUUGGACCCUAUACUAUCAAAACGGGAGAUGCAAAGAAAGCGUCGGGGAAAAACUUUCCGCUAAGCAAAAUGUUUGUCUUCUUAACUAGUACCAAUCCUAAAACUUCCAGCCUUCUGUUAUUUAAAAGGAUCGAACGCUAGAAAUAGAGUUUUAGCUGGGAAGGCUCUUUCAAUCCUUGGUUGGAAACCAUUAUGCCAUCAUUUUAAGAUUUUUUGAAGGUUCAUUUCGGAUCCAGGACAUCAAGGUCUACUAGUUCUCAAAGUUUAAAACGGUUCGGAUGAAGUCCAUGUAAUUGUGGUACGUUCUCCAAAGAAUCACUCUGUAUCGUUUCUAGAUACUUUGCUUCUAGAAACCUAGCAGAUCUCUUCUCUGCUUCGAGAAGAUCCACGCCUCUAUGAACACCAUUGAGUGCUCUGUGUGUAUUUGUCGUCAAAUUCUGUGUAACCACACCUUACAGUUAGAAAAUCUAUUUGAGAUGUAUUGACAAAUACACCGAGAGGCUCUUGCUUCAAGGCUCAUCAAACUGCAAUUCUAACUUUGGGGUCAAAUUCGGAAUCUGACGGGCCAAAAGUUGAAUUUUAAUUUUGGCCAGGUCAAAAUCGAAAUUUGGAACUAUUAUUAUUAUUAUUCUAUAAUAUUAUAUUAAUUAUUGACCCCUUGCGAGACGGACGGGUUAAGGUGUCGAAAAUUCAACAUUCGAUAAUUAAUAUAAUAUUAUCCAAUAAGAAUAAGAAUUCCAAAUUUCGAUUUUGACCCGGUCAAAAUUAAAUUUUAGCUUUUGGCUAGCAAAAUUCUGAAUUUGUCCGAAUUUAAAGUUGGCCACAAUAUAUACAUAUAUGAAACAUACUGCAAAGGUCGCGAAGACAUAGAUACAGCUAGCUAUAUAUGUAUAUGUUACGGGCAAAACUGGAAUUCUAGUUUUGACUACAGAAAUAUUGGUCAAAACUGGAAUCUUGGCAAAUCUGAGAUUACAAGAGUGAAAUGCAACUCUUAUUUAAAAUUGAUAAUCAUGCUCUUAGUUUCUCUAGUAAGACUGAAGACAUGCUUGCUAAUACGGUAUAUAUACUCAAAUCUUUACUAAAUACUGAUCUACUUAACCGCGAAAAGGUGGCAUGAUAUCUAAGUAGUUUUUUUAUUUUGUGUAUUAAUAUAUGUGCACUCAAAUACGAACAUUUACUAGUAAGACAAUCUAUUUCAUUAUGUACAUGUGCACUCAUCUGAAUAGUAGUAAAGAAAUCUGAUAUGUGUUUACAGAACUUUUCUGAGUUUCAACUUUAAAAAGAUAGAAUAAAAAAGAAUACAUUCGUUUUCAUCAAUAUCAAUCAACAUGUAGUGUUAGCAGUGUAUCUGAAAAGAACAUAAUGCUUUUUAAACUAUAUUCAUACAUUUACCCUUUUUUGAAUGGCAUUUGGUGGAACAGGCGACCCCGGCCUUUUUACAAGGACAGUGUUUAGUGACACAUUGGCUUUUACAAUCACAAGUAGCUCCACGGACAUAUAAUUUCGAAGCUUCAAUCAAAGACAGUUCCUUCUCUAAAUCAAAUAAAUUAAGCGACUUUAAUUCGUUAGGACAGCUACUUCGUAGAUCAAUAAGACUUUCUAUACCAAAUCUGUCUUUCAAGAAUCCGAAUUGGCACGCUAAAAACAUACGUAAUCGUCAUCUUUCGUUACUAACAACUAAGCAUGGUAAAAUUUUUGAAUCUGUAUUUGUUCUGUCAACAGUAUGAGUUCGCACUCCAACACAGUCAUUUUUUUUAUACAUUUCUGCCAAAUUACUUAGAUAUUCAUCACACGAUUUUCUUCGUUUAUUAGCUGUUUCUAAAUAAUUAUCUUGCGCUUUGCGCCGAGUAUUUUCAUGUCUUAUUGGGUUAUUUUCUAAUGAAUUAUAGUUUAUAAAAGAUGAGGAUGGUUCAGAAACACAAUUAGUUUUUGAAGUAGAAUUAGUAGCAGGUGCUGUAGGUAUUGACUGUAAAUCUGAAAGUACUACGUUAUUUUCGUUACUUAAACAUGUAACUGGGCUGAAAGUUAAAUUAUGUCCCACUGAAUCUGGGAAAACAUCUUUGCUAGAUAUUUUAGCCGAUAGAAAAGAUCGACAAGGUUUAACUGGAAAGGUACUUAUUGAUAGAGAGCCACAAUUAAAUGAUUUCAAAUAUCGCAGUGGUUAUGUUGUUCAAGAUAAUAUUCUCAUAACACAAGAAGAAAAACGAAAUAUUGUUAAUCAAGUCAUAUGUCAAUUAGGAUUAAACGAAUGCGCUGAUUCACUAGUGGGAACACAGUUUACUCGGGGAUUAUCUGGAGGAGAAUGUAAACGAACGAAUAUUGGAAUGGAAUUAGUUGUUUCGCCCAUGAUUAUCCUUUUGGACGAACCAACCAGUGGUGAGUUUCUUUUUUUCUUGUUAUAUAGCAUAUGA